ACCUUCUGUCCAUGCUCUAUGACCUCCUCCAUCUGCAGAGCCAGGACCUGGGCAGGAGAUGCCGUGACCCCCACCCUCACGGCUCUGCUCUGCCUUGGGCUGAGUCUGGGCCCCGGGAUCCGAGGGCAGCAAGGGACCCUCCCCAAGCCCACCCUGUGGGCUGAGCCAGGAUCUGUGAUCACGUGGGGGAGGCCAGUGACCCUCUGGUGUGAAGGGACCCUGGAGACCGAGGAGUACCAUCUGGAGAAAGAUGGAAGCUCAGUGCCCUGGGACAGACAGAUCCCACAGAAGACCAGGAACAAGACCAAGUUCCCCAUCCCAACCAUGACACAGCACCAUGCAGGGCGAUAUCAAUGCUACUAUCACAGCCCUGCUGGCUGGUCAGAGCACAGUGACCCCCUGGAGCUGGUGGUGACAGGAUCCUACAUCAAAACCUGGCUCUCAGCCCUGCCCAGCCCUGUGGUGACCUCAGGAGGGAACGUGACCCUCCAGUGUGGCUCAGGGCUGGAAUAUGGCAGGUUUGUUCUCACUAAGGAAGGAGGACACAAGCUCACCUGGACCCUGGACUCACAGCUGACCCCAGUGGGCAGUUCCAGGCUCAGUUCUCAGUGGGCCCUGUGAAAUUUCUUAAUAAAAUAGUAGCAAAUCAUAUUCCAGAACAUAUUAAGAAGAAUGUUUAUCAUUA